AUGAAUUGGUUUCAUUGGUUAACAAUAUGGGCUGCAUUUCUCCAGGCGGGGAUAUCGCAUGCCCUCCAGCUGAGCAUUGACGAUGAUGAUUCUAUCAAAAGCGCCGCCGAACAGGCCGCACAUGGAAUGUUCAUGUGGUAUUCCGGUAACGAGACCGGUCAGAAUCCCGGUGCAUUCCCCGAGAAAUGGUGGGAAGGUUCAGCCUUGUUCAUGGCCGCGCUGCAAUACUGGAAGUACACCGGCGACACGACCUACAAUUCCGAGACCAGUCAGGGUUUGGAGCAUCAGUCUGGUGACGGGGGAGACUACAUGCCGUCUAACUACAGUACCUACCUGGGAAAUGAUGACCAGGGUUUCUGGGGUCUGACCGCGAUGCUUGCGGCAGAGCUGCAAUUCCCCGAUGUCGAAGAUGGGUUCUCGUGGUUGUCUCUGGCGCAAGGUGUCUUCAAUACGCAGGUUGCCCGAUGGGAUACGACGUCGUGCGGUGGUGGAUUGCGGUGGCAGCUUUUCACCUACCAAGCCGGUUAUGCGAUGAAGAACACAAUCUCGAACGGUGUUCUGUUCCAGCUCUCGGCCCGACUUGCUCGCUACACGAAUAACCAGACGUACGCCGACUGGGCGGAGAAGAUCUACGAUUGGAUGGAAUCGACUCCUUUGCUCAACGAGGACACAUGGCAUAUCGCUGAUUCUGUCGACAUCGAUGAUAACUGCAAGAGCCCGGGUGAUAACCAGUGGUCCUACAACUAUGGAACCUUCAUCAUGGGCUCCGCAUACAUGUACAACUACACCAAUGACGACAAGUGGUUGAAGCGCGUCAACGGUUUCUUGGGAACCACUUUCAGCACGUUCUUCCCCAAGAAGUUCGGCGGCAACACCAUGCAGGAACCUUGCGAACCGCUCGAAGUGUGCAACAACAACGAAAUCCUCUUCAAGGGUCUUGUUACCUCCUGGCUCGCGUAUACCGCUCUUUUCAUCCCAUCUACCAAGGACAAGAUCCAGCCAAAACUCAAGGCAUCUGCCGAAGCCGCAGCCGACUCGUGUGUUGGUAUGGGUAACAACACCUGCGGUGUGAGAUGGUACCAGCACAAGUGGGACGGAUGGAACGGAAUGGAAGAGCAGAUCAUCGCUACGAACGUGUUCACGUCCAACCUGAUCAUCGAGUCCAAUGACAAGGGCCCCGUCACCUCCGACACUGGUGGUGACAGUAAGAGCAACCCGAAUGCUGGCUCGAGCAGUGGCGGUGGUGAUGGCGGCCAGACGCUGAAGAAGAUCACCACCGGUGAUAAGGCGGGCGCUGGUAUUUUGACUGCUCUGUUUGUUGGCGUGUGGGUUGGUAUGGUUGCAUUUAUGAUUACUGGUGCUGGUUGA